CUAUGCAUAUUGAUAUCGAUUGUGUUUAUAGUGAUCUCCCAGUUAAACAGUUAAAUGAUUGUGUUUUUCAGGGCUCUAAGUGGAACUAUGGACGUUGGAUCCAGAAAGCUGCUGCUGCUGAUCCUGUUGUUGAAUAUUACAGUUUCAGUAUCAGGUAUCCAGGACGUGAAGGUGUCGUGCCAUCCUGAGAAGAUCUGUGCUCUGAGGGAGUCAUCUGUGACCCUGACGUGCUCUUACUCAAAUAUCAUCAUCAUCACUGGCUUCUGGUUCAGCCUAAAGGACAAAGCUAAAUGGAGGAAGGAGGAACAUCCAGAGGAUUUAGCUUUAGACUCAGACUACGCAGGACGUGUGAGCUACACAGAGAUGACAAACUUCCGCUCGACUCUUACAAUAACAGACCUGAGAGAGAGAGACUCAGGGGAAUAUCGCCUCGUGUUCAUUACGGAUAAAGGAGAGAAAUAUCUGAGCUCAGCUGGAGUUACUCUAACAGUUACAGACCUGCAGGUGACCCACGACUCCACAAAACAAACUCUCACCUGCCGCACUUCCUGUCUUCUGACCUCUACUGUUCAGUAUAACUGGCACAAGAAUGGAAAAAUCUUUGAGAAAUACAGAGUCAACAUGGAAACAUUCUCUUUAACUAAUGGUGAAGAAGGCAGUUACUCCUGCUCUGUUGAAGGCUAUGGUACUAUUCUCUCUCUUCCAGUGUGUGUUGGCAGGAGCUGUUAUAGUGUGACCUACAGAGACAAAAGAGUCUGUGCUGUGGAAGGGUCUUCAGUGGAGUUUGCUGGAAGUUACUCACAUCCCAGUGAUCUGAGUGUUAGUGAAGUAUUCUGGCAUUAUUUUCAGCGUGGUAAAGACUCCAAGAACCUGAAGCAGGAAACACAGUUUACUAAUCGAGUUGAAUAUGUGAAACAAGACAAAAGCAGCACUUUGAAAAUGAAAAACCUGACAAAGAAAGACUCUGGAGAAUAUUGCCUUAGAUUCCUUAAUAAGGAUGGUGAAGGAUUCUCUGGUAGACCUGGAGUGAUUCUGAGUGUUACAGAUCUGCAGGUAAGAGCGAGUCGCUCUGCAGUGGCAUCAGAAGGACAGACUACAGUAACGCUGAGCUGCAUCACCUCCUGCACUCUGUCUAACAACCACACUUACAUGUGGUACAAGAACGGACAGCCUGUUACUGACAAACUCACCAAACGCAACAAGCUCUACCUGAACUCCAGUGAAGAUGCAGGAAACUACUCCUGUGCUGUGAGAGGACGUGGGGAUCUCCGCUCUCCUGAACUAACUGUGACAUGUGAGCCACAAAACUCAGUCAUUAUAUUAAUGUAUAGGGUUGUGAUAGCUCAGGUUCAAUCCUCAGCACUGACAGAGAGCAGCUUUUAG